CACGAUGCGCUCCGCGCUGGCGCGCUCGGCGCUGCUGCUGCUGCUGCUGCUGCUGGCGCCGCCGUCGCGGUCCCAGGAGAAUGAAUCCCAGCCCGCUAAGCUGCCCGUUACCACAGUAAAAGCCACAGACCCAAGCAAGUCAAACACAUCUCCAGCCUCCAGCACUGGAAACGUGAUGCCAUCCACAGGCAGCCCAAGCACCGUUCAGACUUCUUCUGCGGCUCUGAACCCAGUCAGCAGUAGCCCCCCAGCAGCGUCCAGCAACCCCCAGGUGGUGGGGGUCCUGCCCUCACCUAGCACCACUGUGGUGUCAGGCAGCACAACACAGAGCCCUGACUCAAGUGGCUCCCUUGCAGUCCCUGGCAGCCCAACGGCUCCCCCGGCCUCAGGCAAGACCACACCUCCACCAACCACUGUUCCCCCUCAGCCUGAAGCCACCACUGGCCAGAAGGGAAGUAAAACAGCUGGAUCUGGAACCCCAAGUGACCACAGCGCAGCCACAACCGUGGCUGUAAAGGGGCCAAGUGUGCCCACCUCUCAACCUCCAAGUCCCGCGAGCUCCGUUCCUGCUUCUGUGCCCUCGUCCAUGCCUGCAAGCCCUGCCCUGCCGACCUCAGGCUCUCCUGCUUCGAAGCCCCCGGGGAGCCUGACGGACCAGCCAGGCAAAACCACUAUAGCUUCCAGCAGUUCAGGCACCGUGGUGGCUCCCAGCGCCACCCCUCAGGGGAUGGCAACCAUGCCAAUACCGUCGGGUACCACGUCGGACAAUCCGCAGACCUCCAGCAAGAUGCCAGCCGUCCCUGCGACCUCGUCCGCCAUCACCGGGAGCCCUUCCACUGGGAGUCAGCUGCCCCUGGUCCCUUCACUGGGCCCCGGGGCCACACCUGGCAGGGGACCCACAGACUCCACCGCUCAGUUGCCUUCUACAGUCCCCUCAGAUUCCAGCCCUUCUCCCACCUCGACUGUUGGCGACCACAGGAUACAGUGUGAGCCCCCUGAAAGGCUGAACGAGAAGAUGCUCGUCCUGAACCUCACAAAUACCGGACUCUGUCAGGCUGGGAGCCCUCCAGAUGACAAACUGGUCACACUUCUAUGCCGAGCUGCAAAAGCCACCUUCAACCCAGCUCAGGAUCAGUGCCACAUACAGCUGGCGCCUAUUCUAGAAAACCAGGGAUUGGCAAUCAAAGAAAUCACUAUCGAGACAAAGCUCCUCCCGCAGGAUGUAUAUGAGUUGCUGAAACCCAAGUGGGAUGAUCUCAAAGAGGCGGGAGUCAAUAACAUGCAGCUUGGGGACCAGGGGCCACCAGAAGAGACGGAGGACCGGUUCAGCAUGCCCCUUAUCAUCACCAUCGUGUGCAUGGCGUCCUUCCUGCUCCUGGUGGCCGCUCUCUAUGGCUGCUGCCACCAGCGCCUCUCCCAGCGGAAGGACCAGCAACGACUGACAGAGGAGCUGCAGACAGUGGAGAAUGGUUACCAUGACAAUCCCACGCUGGAAGUGAUGGAGACCUCAUCAGAGAUGCAAGAAAAAAAGGUGGUCAACCUUAAUGGGGAGCUGGGGGACAGCUGGAUCGUCCCUCUGGACAACCUGAUUAAGGAUGACCUUGAUGAGGAGGAAGAUACACACCUCUAACCAGGUCGGCUGGCGGCCUGACAGCGCCACAGAGCUCCAGACUGAACCACCUCAAGUGCCAUUCGGACAUGGGAGGAAAAUCCUUUCCAUUUGAGGGGAACACUGGGAGGGAGAGACUUGGAGGGCUCCCUCCUCCCAAACCCCAGAAGGCCUUAAUUUUUCCCUUUUCAAGCUGAACAAAUCACAUUCUGUCUAGAUUCCUCUUGUAAAAUAUCCCAUUAGUGCCUGAGCUCAGUGCUGCUGGAAGAUGAGGAAGAGAGCUCAAGAAGGAGCCAUUUUGGGACUUGAGAGAUCUUCUAGUAGAAUCCCUUCAGUUCACAGAUGAAAUGACUGAAGCCUAAAUAGGGUGAGGUCGAGAUCAUGUGGCAACUUCGCGAAAGAGUCAAGAUGAAAACAGGCUCCUUCCAUCAGUCCAGGGCUCAUUUCCACCACACGCACGGCUGUAAGCAGCCAUUCCUCCCCCAGUGCUGCCUGGGCAGGGGUGGAGCUGCCCAUCCAGGGUUAGGAAGGGGCAAGGCAGAUCCUGUCUCAGUGGAUCUGGUUACUUGAAAGCGUAAGUCCCAAGAGUUCUAUCUCCUAUCCCAUCCUCAUCUGCCAAUGUUCCUGUUCCUGUUGUCCGUCUCCAUUCCUGGCUCAGUUUUAUCCCUAACUCUGCCCAGGGCCCCUGGGAGUAAGUGAUGCAGCCCAUUCAUGACCUUGAAUCCUGGAUCCUGCUUCCUUGCAUUUGCUUAGUGAGACGGAGACUUACCCCACAGGUUAUCAGUGUGAACAAGGUGGGCUCUAUCAACAGGUCAGGAGCGAAAGGAAAGCCCCUCACCCCAGGAAGGCCCUGGCCCAUCACCCAUCCUGAGCUGGCUCCCCAGAAGCAACUUUGGCUUCUGAUUCCCUACCGGGGACUAAAUUCUGCAGCAGCCACUGAAGGCAAAGAACUCCUGUUUUAUUGUUCACUGCUCAGGCAAUGGGGGUGAAGAGCCAGGCAAGGGACUCCCCCAAGAUCCAGUGUGAAAGAGCAGUGGCUUUAGGACAGACUUUCCUGGGGCUCCAGACAGCAGAGCUAAGUCUUCACAGACAAUCGAUUUGAAGCAAGCAAGAUGGGUGGGCUUUACUCUUUCGUGGGAAACUCAGGGACUUCUCAAGUUGCUGAGAAUUUGUUCUAUUUGUUUUUUACUCCAGCCCUCUACUGCCAAAAGCCAAAGCUUCACCUGUUGGGAGAUUUUCAAUAUCUCACUGAUUCCGACUCUCCUGUGCUGUAGGGCAAGAAGGUCUAGAACAUGUCUUGCAUUGGAAGGGACAGCCUGGGGGUGGGAGGGGGGCCUGGCUGUCCCCAGAGACCUCUCAUUGUUCUGGCAUGGAGCUUGUCCUCUUCUCUACUAGAUUCUAGGGGGCUGCCCAGUUCUGCAGACUCUGCUAGCAUCUCAGGGAAACAAAAUGCCAUCUAUGCCUCCCAGUAGAGGGGCUUUGAGAGAGCUCAGCUGUUAGUGGCCACACUGAAGGCACCUGAGGACUGGGUAUGGUAAGGCUUAAUGUGGUAUCUUGAGAAGAGGGAAUCCCAUGUGGACUUUGGAACCAUGGUGUCUUGUUCCUGGGCCACCACAAUGACGAGUGGAACUGCUGGAGAGAAUGAAAACUCAUUUCGGGGCAAAAAGCAUCACAGUGUCCUGAAGGCAGCUCGGGCUGAGAUAGCGCUAGUGAAGCUGACUAUCUUGGUUUGGAAUAGGUCGGGUUUUUUUUGUUUUUUGUUUUUUUUUUUUUGAGGGGGAGGAACUUAGCAGGAAGAUCUGUGUCCUGCCCUGGCUGCCUGAUUAGCCCUGUGAUAUCCUAGGGGAAAAGGAAGCUGGGGAUUUAAUUAGGGCCUCUUUGAAUUUCCCAAGAGCUAGGGAGCAACCAGGCUCACAUGGAUCCAAAAGUAUUUGCCCUGAUUGUCUAGCCUUUUGAAGUUGCACAGGAUGGAGAACUGCCAGUUUGGGGAAAAAUAGAGGAAAUCUUGUUCUGCCGAGGAGGGAUCUGUUUGCUUCCUUCCCGCCUGGUGUUUGGUUGUUCCUUCCCAGGGGGUUUCAGUCAUGGCUCUGUGGGAGAGGUCAGACUGGAUUACUACUCCUGGCCCCAUUUUGCCAGCUCUUCAGACAGAGACAGCAAAUUCACCUCUGCAAAUGGAUCAAAGACUGCAACUCCAAAGCUUCUUGGGGGAGAAAGGCUGACUGGCAAGGCCUAGAGAGUUAAAACUUAUGCUUGGUGAAGAGGAACCACUAUGGUUCUGUCCAAAGACAACCUUGAGGAGCUUCAGCCUGGUUCAGAGGUUCCUUUUGUGCACCCAGAUUGUGUUGCUCCAGCCUCUUAGGACAGAGCCAGGCUCUAUCCCUUGCUUUGGCUUGCUCUUGCCACUAGACAUCCAUGUCAGAGACCAUGACCCAUACGUCUAUAAGGGUCAUCUUCUUCCUGCAUCUUUACUGGGCUUUAAAUGCUGUUUGGUAAUUCAGAUUCCGGGGCUGAGAAGAGAGAAGUGGACCACCAGGAACUCAGCGUGACUUGCAACAAGUUGUGUCAAGCUCUUUGUUUCAGUGGCAAACUGCUGGCUUCCCUAAGUUGCGCAAAAGGCCAGAAACCAUAAAUUUCAUGAUUGGAUAAGAUCCAGUGGGAUGCCUGCAGUCAAUGAGGGGGAAGAGAAGCAGCAAUGCUUAAGAAGGAGGUACAGAAUAUAUAUUAUUUUUGCAUCACAGACAAGAGUACGGGUUUAAUCCAAUCUGGACAGAGAUUCUUUUUUACCCCCUCUUGAUAAGGAAAGCUAGGAGAAAAUUUCUUUAAACCACUUCUUGAGCUUUUAUCUUUGAUAAUAUACUGGAAAAACUUUGAAAAACAAAUUCAAGCUGAUACCUAUAUGCAUAUUUUUUGAUACUGUAAAUACAGUGGCCACAUGUUAAUCCACCCGCACUACUUUAAGGGAAUAUACUUUGGAAAAACAUUUGUUAGCUAAGGGAGAUGUUUUUUUCCCCCUCUGAAUAAGAAUGUAAAUGUCUACUAAAAAUCACAAAGUUUUGAUUUUUCUUUAAUGAAAAAUGGAAUAUAAGACAGGCAGAUGUCCGUGGACUUGCUCUGCAGAUUGGACAUUUGUUUUUUUCAAAUAGGAACCGUGCCCUUCCCUAGCCAAGUCCCAGCCGCCUAGCAGUGAGGGCUGGAGUCAUAAUGUGCUGGUUGGAAAGUGACAGUCAUGGAGGAGGGUAAGAGAGACUCAGUUCAACGCUUUCACAGAAAAAACCCGAAGCCUAGAAAGUGACUUAGCCCAAGUCAAAAUCAAAUGGUUUGGGACAGAAACAGUCUGGUGCUGUGUGCCUCAGAAGCAAUCUGACUACAGACAGGAACCAGGAUGUCACAAAGGGCACAAGUGCUUUCCAAGGGCUUACCCUGCAGCAAGGUUAGGGAGGGCAUGAGGAAGAUAAAAAUAGGAAUCUUACUGGUGUUCUCCACUCCCUAUGAGUUAUUUAGGUCUAAGACUUUAUGAACAAUUCUUUCUGCCAAGAAGCAGUUUUUGAGUGGGCUUUUAUAUAUGGAUCUACUAGCAGAACUAAGGAUCAAAGGCAGAUUGGACACAGGAAGAGGGCAGGGACCAGAGGGAAGCUGUGGCACAUCUCGCAUUCUCACUAGUGGAUGCUCUCAGAUGUGGGGUAAGCUCAGCACUGAAUGACAGGAGGGGAUUACUAUAUGUGAGUCUUUUGUUAUUAGUGAAUGUUCAACAGUUUGCCCAGGAGACUGGGGGAGCAUGUGUCUUAGUGGACAGGGGUCUGAAGUACACUGGAAUUUACUGAGAAACUUAUAAAGACUAUAAUUAUUGCCAUUUUCUUACAAAAAUAUAUUUUGGAAAAUUGUAUACUGUCAAUUAAAGUGCUUUUGUGUACGCCGGUCCAAGCCCUAGUAUUUCGCUGUGGUUGGCUUGUACUCUAAACAUGCGUGAGGCUCAUCACGAAGCACCCCAGGACAGCAGACACCCUCCGGUGGGGGUGGCACCCUCUGCUCUUAUGUCUGCUGAAUGAUGUGGGUCCAGAGAGCAGAAGAGGAGGGAAGAUGGAGGUGCUGAAGGUUCUCCAGAUUCUCUCGGGCUGUUCCAGUGACCAUAACUCAGAGGACCUCAUUUCCUCCACUGUACUGUUUAAUCAGUGUUUUACCCUUUUCCUUCCCUCUACUUCUGUCUCAGAUGCAAUUGUGAAUCAGCCACCACCAAAGAUCCCAAAAGGGCCGAUAAAUCCUGAUCAGGUAUGAAAACUGACACAGUGACGGAACAAAUAAAAAUAUAAAAAAUAAGGAGGUUCUAUUCCAUCCGUUUCUGCCCAUAAAAGGACCUUUUUACUUGUCACAAGAAAUCUCCGCCUUUCCCUUAUCUAGAGACUAGUGAAGAUGAAAGAUGUUCAAGAAAGGAAUCACUCAAGAGGAUUCUGAUUCCCUUCAUGUCCUAGGGUGGUACGGAUCUAUACGGCUAUUAUCUUUACCUACUGGCAGGCGAAAGCUCUGUCAUUCCCAAUUUGCAGAAGGGACACUGUCAGGUAAAUGCGACCACAUUCAGAGUUGCUACACUCUCUUCUGUUGAACGGUGUGCCUCCAGCCCGGCCAAGGGCCUGGCAUCUAACAGUUGACAAAAACAUUUUUAUAUACCUGAGAAACUGCAAAAACACAUAUCUGAGAAAUUGUAGCACCUCUACCAUUAGGGAAAGUUACCAACAGAGAUAAAGAGCUCUCUUUAAGGAGGGGUAGUCUAGGCCUCAAGUCUACAACUUUUCUCUCCACAAUCCUACAUUCUUUUCCUAAUUAUGCUUGCGUUCCAGUAACAAAACACCUUUCUAGAAUACAUUACCCUUACAAUACGUUCUCCUUUUAUAUGGGAGUUCUGAAAGGCAAUUAACACCCUGAAGGGUGCACUAGAGUUGGCCCAGGGGUAUUUUGAGGUUAACUUCAACAGUGUGCCAAGAAAGGAGUACAAGUACCAGGAACUUGGGCAGGCCCUUGGCCAUGCUGGACGCACACUGUUCUAAGAAGAGAAUGACUCAUAGUUUAUCAGUGGCCACAAAUUAGACCCAUUCUCUUCCUGAAUAGGUCAUUCACCCUGCUCCCUGCCCUGCCAACCAAAAGGCCCUCUCAGUUGUCAUUUUUAAUUUGUUAUGCCUGUUUGUCACUAACCACCCCCCAUCUUAGAAGCUCCCUCCCAAACUGUGUAUUUCUUCUGUACCCUAAUGGUGGAAAAGGUCAACACUGAAAAGGACUGUCUACGAUAAUUAAUACUAACGAUAAUACUGAGCUAAUAUUUUUCAAAGACCUUGGCAUUUUAUAGAUAUAAAAAACCAUCAAGGAGAUCAUAGCAAACAAGAUCUGCUGCCAACAUUCACAAAAAGAAAAAAAAAAAAAAAGCAGAGAAGUUGAGACUGUGCCCUGUGUUACACAGAAGUCACUGGGUGGACCUGGAAAUAGACCUAGGAUUCCUGACUCUUGCCCCCGGUUACCCAUCCUACGGCCCCAGCUGAGAGGGAGCUAGCAGUACAGUGCGUGCUAAGACACUGCCAAGUGUCCUCAUCUCCCCUCUCUGGGUUUGUCAUCAAAACUCUCUAGCACAGCAGUGGACAGGCCACCUCUAUCUGUAGCCUUUCUUCCCUGUCAUAUCUCUGGAAAGAAUGAAAAUCAAAAGCCCAGGGGGAGGAAGGUCCCCAGUGGACACUAGAGAAGCUGAGUAAGAAGACAGUCCCGAGCAUUGUUGCCCCACCUGCCCCGUACCAUCAAGAAUCCACUCUGCUUUUCCUCUUCUUCCAGGAUAGGUAAUAGGCAGAGAAAAGUGGCAUAAUAUGUGGUGACAGAGUAAGGGCAAACAUAACCACCUACUGGUUAAGCCUAUGCCAGGACCGACACAGGCUUCCGAAUAGCCAUUGGUUAGUCUUUCGGCUGGUCGUCAGAAUCUGAAGGGUUAGUGGUAAAGAAUGUUGCCUUCAUUUAAUGGGAAAAUACCUUUUGUCAAUGUCUAUGAAUUAUGAGGUUAUGUCUUAUAAGUAUUUGAGUGUGAGUGCAUAUGGCCAUUUUCCUGUUGGAUGCUGGAAUAUCGUUUCGGGCAAGUGGAAGCUCCUAAGGCAGUACUUUCAAUCCCUGUAGGGCUCUACACUCACACUUCAUGCGGCAGCUGGCAUCUCAACUGUAUUCAAUAAAGAAGGCUUUUUAUUGUCCCACCAGAACACAAAUAAUACCAAAGGAGAUGAGAUAGUGUCCCACAUUUCUUUUGGGUUAAUUCUCUGGAGGAAUAACCAAGAAAAGACCAAUUCCUUACCUUAUCAUUGCAUAUUUGAAAACAAUUUUUACUUACGAGCCAUGCUCACAGCACACACUGCAAAUGAAAGCUCCACGGUGAGAUGAUUGCUUGUAUAUUGAGAAAAUACAAUCCCUGUUAAAAUCAACUGACAACUAAGCAUUGGUGGAUCACAGAGUCAAGAAAACGCACAGCACAUUAGAAGAUGGAAAGGGUCGAAAGGAAAUCUUGUCAUCGAACAUCUAUCUGGAGAGUUCACACAAUGCAACCCUAACAACACACUAUUUUCACUUGGCCUAUUUGUGCGUUUUUUUCUCCCCAGGUUCAACCCAUAAAGUUUCUAUUCCCAUCAUUAGGGACACAGACUCAGAUUAUUUCCAACCUUUGCAACACCUCUAAGGUUCUUUCUCUAUACUAUUUUUUUUCCUACAACUAAUUUUCUAUUUCAGUUCAGUUCUUCUAGUUCCCAGUCUUCAUAAAUAUGUCCUUAAAACCUGGGAACACAAGCCCAAAUUUUACAAAACAUAAAAUAGAACUCGUCUUUAGCAGUAGGUCAAACAAACAAAACCCUAACAAAACUGAAAUGUAUGCUAGUGUUCUUUAAAAAUGGAAACUUCUGGGGCCUCCCUGGUGGAGCAGGGGUUAAAGGCAGUGCUAUCAAACAUUCAGCCACUGCAGCAUGAGUUCGAUUCCUGGCCAGGGAGCUGUCAUCAAGCAGACCUCUCCUGUCUUGCCAGCUGCUGUGUCUUGCCCUCAGCAGUGUGUUUCAGUGGAUCCACCUGUUCUGUUCCCCACUCUGUCUCCGUGAAUCCUCUCACCCCCUGCACCUCUGGCCUAAACCCCAGUUCUUGUAUGCAUAAAUAAAUAAAUCUUUAAAAAAAUGGAAACUUCCCCCACAAACUUUGUGAGAUCCACCAGACCUUUGUAUUUCAGCAUUGCUUCAAGGAAAAAGUCGACAGACACUUCUAUAAUAGAUAUCCUUUUCCAUCUUUGGAAUCCUGAAGAAAACUCACCUGUCUGAUAUAGUAACUGCAAAGUACAUAAAUAUUUUAAAAGCUGACUUUAAGAAUUGAUUUAGAAAACACAACAGGCAUUUUGUAGUGUCCAUAUAUAACUUUUUAUUAAGAAAAUGAACAAAAUACAUUCUUUCUCCAUAUGUACAUUACAUACAACAUAAUUCUACAAUUGCAACUGUUCAGCAGAUCACUCAUUGAUUUAUUCACAAAGCAGUGUUAACACAUUCACCAAACCUGGGAUCAGAAAAUUACUUGCACAAAACAAAACACCCAACCUCAAAAGUCCAUACAGAUUGGGCAAAAGCAAGAUAAACCAGAGAGGAUGGUGAGGGGAAUGGGCAAGAUUACAGAAGAUACCCAACGCAGCCCAACAGCGACUUAUACAUAAUAACAAAGCUAGAAGAAAUUUGACACCCCAAAAGCACUUCUGUUUAUAAGCUCCAACUGGCUCCUGCCAUCUAUUCCAGAGUUCCCUGAUUUCCAUUCACAAUUUAGGUACUUUAGGGUACAGUCUUAAUCCCAUUUUGCCACAGAAGAGGACAGUGAAGGAGAAGAGUAGAGCCCUACAAGCCCUAAGAGGUUGUAGUUUUCUCCUUCACACACUAAAAAAGAGCCUACAUGAAAUACAAAACUUCUUGAGGCACAAAACUUCUAAAUCUUAGCUGAUGAGCAGAGGAAAUACAUUUUUUUGGAGCGACAUUUGCUUAAGCAUGGUAAAGAAUUCUUGUUCAUGGACUCCUUAUUUACAUUUAUGUUCAUCUGUUUUGCUUUGCUUGUUUUUUCCUCUGGCCUUUGAAAAGUACCUCAUCCUUUCUGG